GAAGCAACGUAGACUGUUUUUAUACAUUAUCUUGUAAAAAGAAAAAAGUUAGAGUGUUGUGUCCUAGUGUAUAAGGCAAUUGAAAAUCAUAUAAAUAAACAGAUAAAAUAAUAAAAAAAGCAAUAUUGUGCCCGAGGCUUAUACUAAAACAGUGAGAAUAAAUAAAUUUCGCUUGGGUAAAUUUGUGGUUGAGGAAAUAAUGGCAGCAGCUGACUCAUCAACCAACGACAGCCUUUAUCCAAUUGCAGUUUUGAUAGAUGAAUCAUAAAAUGAAAAUUUACUACUGCGAUUUAAUUCAAUCGAAAAACUUUCAACGAUUGCCUUGGCACUUGGUGCUGAACGUACUCGUAGUGAGUUGAUGCCUUUUUUGACGUGGACAAUGUAUGAUGGAGAUGAAGUUUCAUUGGCACUCGCUGAACAACUUCUAACAUUCACACCACUCGUAGGUGGACUUGAUCAUGUUUAUUGUUUAUUGCCACCACUUGAAGCAUUGGCAGCUGUUGAAGAAACAGUUAUACGUGACAAAGCAAUUGAAUUGUCGCGUAAUAUUGCAAGUCAACACAGUCCAGCAUAUCUUGAAGAUCAUUUUGUUCCAUUGGUAUACAACGUUUGGCAUCUGGUGAUUAAUUUACGUCAAGAACAUCAGCAUGUGGUUUAAUAAGUUUAUGUUAUCCACAUGUAAGUGGUUCUAGUGAUGAGGCCAGUUAGAAGCGGACGGAAAGAAGAAGGUCCUUUGAGAAAUCAAUCUAUGGGAGAUUCUGAAAUAGAUUCUGGAGAUUCUAAAUAUAUACAUCCAUAAUUAUAGAAUUUUUCUAUCGCUCUAUUUUUUUCUGUUCUUUUUAUGUAUUUUUCAUUUGUAUCGUCUAUAU